AUGUUAGCUGAAAUUAAAAAUUAAUUUGUAUUAUAAGUAAUUGAAUAUCUUGAAAAUGAAGAACAACAAUUAGUUAUUAUAUAAGAAUAUUGUGAUUAAGGGGAUCUUAAAACAUUUACAUUAUAACAUAUCGGUUACAAAAUGCAAGAAAGCAUAAUUUGGUCUCUAUUUUUAUAAAUGGCAUAUGCUCUUUUGUAAUUAAAUGAACUUGGUAUACAACACAGAGUAUUAAUUCCUGAGAAUAUUCUAUUAUUAGUCAGAACAGAAGGUUAUUAAAUUAGAAUUACAGAUUUCCAUAAAUCUUCAAGAUAAACUCUUUGUUAAUUACCUUGUGCAGCUAUUUAUUUACCAUAUGAAUACUUUUUUGAAGGUCAUUAUACUCAAAAGUCACAUAUAUGGUAAAUUGGUCAUAUUCUUUAUUUUAUGGUAUCAUAAAAUUUACUAUUCCCAUCGACUACUCUAGAAAAUUAAGUUAAAGAACAAUUAAGAAGAGGUAGAAUAUAAAUAAAUAUACCUGAUGUUUAUUCAUAAGGAUUAAUAAAACUUAUAAAUGUUUGUUUGACAAUAAGAGAAAAUUAAAGACCAAAUAUUUUAUAAAUAUUAAGAAUGAAAGAAGUAAGAGAUGCUUUAGCAAGACCAUAUUAUGAAUUUUCAUUAGAUUAAAGAAGACAUCUUAUGCAUUGGAUUAAUAGUUCAGAAACUGCAAUUUCAAAUCCAAUUUAAUAUUCAUUUAAUGAAUUUGAUUUGCAUUCUCCAAUUUAGAUUCAAAAAGAUGUAGUAAUUAAGAAGAAUUUCAAAAAUACUAAAUUACCUGAAAUAUUUUAAUAAAAUUAAAGUAUAAAGAAAUCAUCAACUGAUAGGAUUCUAGAAUCAGAUAAAAUAAAAACUGAAAUUAAAAGAAAGGAAGAUUUAUAUUUACAAUAAUAAUUGUUAUCAAAAACAUAUACAAAUAGAUAUAUCUAAGGUGUUGUUAAACCUAUUAGUUUUCAUAAGAAAAUAUAAUUAAAUCCUAAUAUUGAAUUACCUAAAUUUUCCAUUCCUUAUUAAAAACAAUUAGAUCCUGUAUUCUAAAGUCUUUUGGAAAAUAAAAAAUAAGUUUGUGAUCAAUAAAUUGGAGAGACUGAAUAUAUGUUUUUACGAUCUUAGAUUAAAUUUAAUGUAUUGUUUUUAUUAUAAUUAAAUAGAAAACAGAUAAAUUAUUAAAUUAUAUGUAAAUAAGACAUCCUAGAGUUGACAGCAGUUUUAUAUUAUAAUAAAUAAAUGACAUAGCAGAUUUAGAAGAAUAAAGAAAUCAUUAUAUAAGCAAAACUUGA